GCGGUAGGGGGCGCUCGUCACAGAACUCUGCUUUGUUAACGGGGCCUCCCGGGCCAGCGUAGCCUAGGAGCGGCCGGUGAGGAGCCGCCGCCGUCUCGUCGCUCGAGCUCUGGAGCGACCAUGGUCACUCAGGCUCCGGCCGCGGGGCCUCCGCGCUCCCCGUGAAGGGUCGGAAGAUGCGCGGGAAGUAGCAGCCGUCUGCUGGGCGAGCGGGAGACGGACCGGAUACCCCCGGGGGACCCUCUCGGAUCACCGCGCUUCUCCUGCUGGCCUUCAGGCCAAUGUGCAAUACCAACAUGUCUGUGUCUACCGAGGGUGCUGCAAGCACCUCACAGAUUCCAGCUUCGGAACAAGAGACUCUGGUUAGACCAAAACCAUUGCUUUUGAAGUUGUUAAAGUCCGUUGGAGCACAAAACGAUACUUACACUAUGAAAGAGAUUAUAUUUUAUAUUGGCCAGUAUAUUAUGACUAAGAGGUUAUAUGACGAGAAGCAGCAGCACAUUGUGUAUUGUUCAAAUGAUCUCCUAGGAGAUGUGUUUGGAGUCCCACUCUGGCACAUCACUGAGAGAGAGCAGAUGUCAGCCUGAAGGUGGGAGUGACCUGAAGGACCCUGUGCAAGCGCCACCAGAAGAGAAACCUUCAUCUUCUGAUUUAGUUUCUAGACCGUCUACCUCAUCUAGAAGGAGAUCCAUUAGUGAGACAGAAGAGAACACAGGUGAGCUACCUGGUGAACGGCACCGGAAGCGCCGCAGGUCCCUGUCCUUUGAUCCGAGCCUGGGUCUAUGUGAGCUGAGGGAGAUAUGCUGUGAUGGUGGCGGUGGCAGCAGCAGUAGCAGCAGCAGCAGCAGCAGCAGCGAGUCCACAGAGACGCCCUCGCAUCAGGAUCUUGACGAUGGCGUAAGUGAGCAUUCUGGUGAUUGCCUGGAUCAGGAUUCAGUUUCUGAUCAGUUUAGUGUGGAAUUUGAAGUUGAGUCUCUCGACUCGGAAGAUUACAGCCUGAGUGACGAAGGGCACGAGCUCUCAGAUGAGGAUGACGAGGUCUAUCGGGUCACAGUCUAUCAGACAGGAGAGAGCGAUACAGACUCUUUUGAGGGAGAUCCUGAGAUUUCCUUAGCUGACUAUUGGAAAUGUACCUCAUGCAGUGAAAUGAAUCCUCCCCUUCCAUCACACUGCAAAAGGUGCUGGACCCUUCGUGAGAACUGGCUUCCAGAAGAUAAGGGGAAAGAGAAAGUGGAAAUCUCUGAAAAAGCCAAACUGGAAAACUCAGCUCAGGCAGAAGAAGGCUUGGAUGUGCCUGAUGGCAAAAAGCUGACAGAGAAUGAUGCUAAGGAGCCAUGUGCUGAGGAGGACAGCGAGGAGAAGGCCGAACAGACGCCCCUGUCCCAGGAGAGUGACGACUAUUCCCAACCGUCGACUUCCAGCAGCAUUGUUUAUAGCAGCCAAGAAAGCGUGAAAGAGUUGAGGGAGGAAACGCAGGACAAAGAGGAGAGUGUGGAAUCUAGCUUCUCCCUGAAUGCNGUCGAACCAUGUGUGAUCUGCCAGGGGCGGCCUAAAAAUGGCUGCAUUGUCCACGGCAAGACUGGACACCUCAUGUCGUGUUUCACGUGUGCAAAGAAGCUAAAAAAAAGAAACAAGCCCUGCCCAGUGUGCAGACAGCCAAUCCAAAUGAUUGUGCUAACUUACUUCAACUAGCUAACAAAAAUAGAAUUUUAUAUUUCUAACUAUAUAACCCCCAAAUUAGACAACAUGGGUAUUAUUUUUAUACAUUAAAGCCAGAAAACUGUCUUAGUCCACAUAAAAUUCACUUAUAAU